AUGUCGCGCAUUGCUCUCGUAUUCUUCGCGUUAUUCGCUUCUAUCAUGAUGACCAUCGCUGUACCAGUACCUGUUGCAAAUGGCGAGCUAGUGAACGUUGAAAGGCGAAUCACUCACGUCGGUCGAGGGACAUGGUUUUAUCCUGGUCUUGGAAAUUGUGGAUGGCGCAAUGGCAAUAACGACCUCAUCCUUGCCAUUGGCAAAGGAUUUUAUGACCGUAACGGCGGGGGAAAUUGUGGCCAAUACGUUCAAAUCACCAACACAGCUAACGGCAAGACAGCCUACGGCUUGACUGUGGACAGUUGUCAAUCCUGCGGCGAUAAUGACAUUGACAUGUCCCCUGGUCUCUUCUCUCAGAUUUCCACGCUCGCGACAGGGCAAAUCCAAGUAUCAUGGCAUUUUAUGGCAAUGGGCUGGCAUCCGUGA